AUGUCCAACACCAGCUCCAUCACCCAGUUCCUCCUCCUGGGAUUCACAGACACACGGGAGCUGCAGCUCUUGCACUUCUGGCUCUUCCUGGGCAUCUACCUGGCUGCCCUCCUGGGCAAUGGCCUCAUCAUCACCACCAUCGCCUGUGACCACCACCUCCACACCCCCAUGUACUUCUUCCUCCUCAACCUUUCUAUUCUUGACAUGGGAUCCAUCUCCACCACUGUCCCCAAAUCCAUGGCCAAUUCCCUCUGGAAUAACAGAGCCAUUUCCUAUGCAGGAUGUACUGCCCAAGUCUUCUUUAUGUUAUUCUUCUUUUCUGCAGAGUAUUCUCUUCUCACCAUCAUGUCCUACGACCGCUACGUUGCCAUCUGCAAACCCCUGCACUACGGGACCCUCCUGGGCAGCAGAGCUUGUGUCCACAUGGCAGCAGCUGCCUGGGGCACUGUUUUCCCCUAUGCAGUCCUGCACACAGCCAAUACAUUUGCCCUGCCCCUCUGCAAGGGCAAUGCUGUGGAACAGUUCUUCUGUGAAAUCCCAAAGAUCCUCAAGCUCUCCUGCUCACACUCCUACCUCAAGGAGGCUGGGCUUCUUGUCAUUAGUUGCUUAUUAGCUUUGGGGUGGUUUGUUUUCAUUGUGGUGUCCUAUUUGCAGAUCUUCAGGGCUGUGCUGAGGAUCCCCUCUGAGCAGGGACAGCACAAAGCCUUUUCCAUGUGUCUCCCUCACCUGACUGUGGUCUCCCUGUUUCUCAGCACUGUUAUGUUUGCCCACCUGAAGCCUCCCUCCAUCUCCUCCCCAUCCCUGGAUCUGGUGGUGGCAGUUCUGUACUCAGUCGUUCCUCCAGCACUAAACCCUCUCAUCUACAGCUUGAGGAACCAGCAGCUCAAGGAUGCAGUCUGGAAACUUGUGUCUGGCUCUUUUUAA